AUGGAGGUAGACGAGAAACCUAAAAAAACUGACACAAGCUCUCAGGUACCAUGAUCCUUUUAUUUUACACUGUUAAGGUACCAAACUAAAGUUCUCAGCUGUAGCAAACAGUAUUGUCUUGUUGAUUUUAAAUAAUUUACUCAUACAUGUAUGUGUUUGCUUGAUCUAUAUAAUAUUGUACUAUUAUAUUGCGUUGAAAAAGUAUAAGUGCAGCUAAACAAGCUUUUUCAACCAAUGACUCUUCCAGAUCUACAGUGAUAGUACUUCCCUGGAAAAUGAUCAGUAACUAUGAAGAAAUUCCACGCAAUAAUUUAUAAGAAAUUUAGGAUUUUUAUUUCCAAACUUCUUUUAUGCUGUUGAUUUCACUUUUUAAUUUCCGCGUAUCUAUAGUAAUAUUAUCAUUAUCUUUGAAAGGUAUCUCAAAAAGCUAACUCAGGUGACUUCUGAUUGGCCACUAACAUCACAAAUCUCCUUGGGUAAUUUUCUAGUGAAACAGAUAUGGUUAUGACUUAAGAUCAAGAGUUAGAUAGGGCCUUUUUACAUCCGUCAACUUUUCCUUCAAAAAUCCCCCAUGUCAUUGUUUUCAGAGCAAUGAUAUUAUAUUUGAGACAGUGGUAAGCUCUUUUUCAGCCAGUAAAAUUAACCAGUAGCUGGCUCGUAGUGAUAUGCAUGCACACUCCCCUCUUGUUCUGGUUUUACAAUCAUGGCUUUGACAGGAAGGGUUGAAUAUGAGGUGAGUGCCAACAUGUUUUAUUUACACACUGAAACCUUUUGUGUAUUAUUUUAUUGCAGUUUGAAUUUUCACCUGCUGAACUUGAUCAUUCCAGUUACUGUCAUUUAAAAGACUGCCCCAAGUGGAAAUGCAAAUAUGUGAGUUGCUUUUCAAGUACAGUCAACUCUCUCUUAAUGGACACCUAGAGUUGGUCCCUACCUUUCUUUACUCCCUUUAUUUGACUCUUUGUAAGACAGACAUCUCUCCAAGACAGACACAAAGGUGUUCCGAAGUCCCAAUCCCAAAGGUGUCCAUCUAAGAGAGAGUUGACUGUACUGUUCCACCCAGAGGAUUUCUUGCAGAUGUCCAGAAGUGCACAGUGUUAUAAGUAUGAUAUACAUGUUCAUCAUGUCUGCUUGCUGGCCAUCAUAAAGUGUACUCAGUAUAAAAAGCACACACACAAAAACCCACCAAAACAUGCUUAGCAUUAUUAUAGUAAAACCUAUAAUAAAAUUUAAACUCAUCAACAAUAGAUGAGGUUGGGUGUAGGUGUCUUAGAGGAUAUCCAUAGCAACCGGUGAGCAGCAACCACCACCGUCACUGUCACAUUGACCAAAUAGAUCAGGAGAAAUUAAAAAAACAGCACAUACUUACCUAAAAGGAAGUGAUAGACAGGGAAGAAAUCAGCUCAGUGCAGGGAGAUGCAAAACACUUAAUUAUGCAAUGAAAAAUGCAAUGAAAUUCAGCAAUGUCAUCCCUGUAAAGUCAUCAAACCAAUCCAGCUACCAAGCCUUCCCCUGUAGAAUGUGGCCACUACAAUCAAAACUGCUGGCCGGCAUUAAUGUUUUAGACUUUAACUUUGCCUCUAAGCCUCAUAAAAAUCAAGCCAGUAAGAUAAAUGUACAGCUGAACAACCUAUAAACAAUACCCCUGUCUCUUUCCUUGCUGAUAUUUUCUACUUACCAUAGCUUAGGAAAAAUGAAAGUAUUGAAGCGACCAUGACAAAGUCUUCAUCCAAACAAAUUAUUUCGAGCACCUACAAAUAAUUAUGUUAGUAAAAGCAAUUGCGAAUAUUUUAAGGCUUGUUAUUAACAUAAAAGACUCAACACUUGAUUUAACAAUAGAGUUCAAUUGAAAGUGAUCUCUUACAGUACAAUUGCAGUAUGAUAAAAAACAGUAUUGUUUUCUGAUAAAGCAAUCAUUAAAUUGCAAGUUGAUUUUACAGCCUGAAAGCUACUGUUGUAGUUUUCAAGUAAAUCUAAAUUUAUUUUUUUCUGGAAUAAAAUAUGGAGCUAAUAACGGCUACGUUUUGUUUGAAUUUUUAUACACAAUCAUUCAUUUCUUUUUUAUUUUCUUUAGUAUAAAUUAUUGUUUUCAGUGCUGUAUCAGUAGUUGCUUGUUCCCUAUGAUUAUACUUACAGUUAAUUUAAUUUUAGAUAGAUAGUUUAUCUACAACCACAUUGCAACCCAGAGGUUGAAUUAGCUGAUUAUUUACAAAUAAUUAUGAUUACUUAAACAUACUACCUCUAAUAACCAGGGAUUUCCCACGUAUAUCUUGCAGGUUAAACUGCAAAUUAAAUAUCACAUGAAAAACCAUCCAGGAUGGGAAAAAUGUCCAAGCUGCAAAAGUGUGAGUGCCGUUAUCAAAGAACAUGCAAAACAGUGUCAAUUUCAAGGAUGCUGGGUUGAACACUGUGACAGAAUCAGGUGAUUGAAUAACAUAUGAAAUCCACGUUGCAUUAAUUAGGGUUUUGCAUGUCUUCAGUAUCUUCUUCAGUAGUGGUUUCUCAAUCGUUAAACUUGAGUGUGGGAGAGUUUGUUGUGGUUAUUAUUACACUGAACUUAAUUUUUACAUGUAACAUAUAUAAUAUGCUUUAUUGACCAAGGAUUAGGUCAAGAUGGGUAUUUUUUUUUUGGCAUUUUAACAGUCUGAGAAAAAGAUGGAUCAUUGUACAUUUCUGGGAAACUGUCCACCUACCCCUCCAGAAAUGUAUAAUGAUCCAUAAAGACAAUAUCCACCCAUCUCAACUGAAACAUUUUGUAUUCUCACCAAAAAGAGAACUUUCUCUUGGGGGACAAACACCGAAAAUCCUGAGUGCUUAAGAUAGGUCCACCUUGCCAGUUCAGAUAGCCAAUCAGAAAGUAUGAUUUGCUUAAUCUUGACUGCAUUGAAAAAAUGAUCGAAAGCAAUUUCAAGCUAAAGAAGAAGUCACCCAAAAUACUGUAUCUCUCCAACAUGACCCUUUUGAUCAACAAUGACCUUCAAAAACAUUUUUAAAAAAAUGGUCUAAUUUUCUUGGAUCUUUGCAUCCCUCAGUCGAUAUGUUGAUCAACAUAUCGACCGGUAUAUUGGUCGAUAUGUCGACUGUCACACAACCGAUAUCUCAGUUGAUAUAUAGACCGCCACGCGACCGAUAUGUUGGUAGACAUAUUGACCAAUAUAUUGGUCACUUAUCGGUCGACAUAGCGACUAACAUAUCGGUCAAGUGUCCAUCGAUGUGUCAACUGAGAGUGGUUGUCCGAUUGUCGGCCGACAUGUUGAUCAAUAGGCUACCGACAUUCCGCCGAUACUUCGUUGAUACUUGGGUACUUGGUGGACUGUGGCCUGCGUCGCAGACAAUUUAACUUAGGUUAGUAGCAUCUGCUGAGCAGUGCAGUUAUCCUUGUUCUGCCCCAUCUUCUCACAGGCUUCUUUGGGGGAAUUGUAACAUCUGUGUACCGACUAAAUCGGUGGAGUUUGUUUUGGCCAAGUAUAAUGAUCUAAUGGCUUUCAAACAAAGUGCGGAUCGGCAAGGCAAUAAAUUCUACCAUAUAUACUGACCAAAUAUCAGCCGAUAGUCAGUUGACAUAUUGACCUACACUCGACCGAUAUAUCAGCCGAUGCAUCUACUGAUAUAUUGACCGAGAUAACAGUCGCAUGUCGGUCAAUGUAUAUCGGCAGAUAUGUCAACCAAUAUAUCAAACGAGGGGUACACAAAUUACACAAGAUCCAUUUUCUUUCCAUCAUAACUUUUUUGAUCAACACUGGUUUAUUAAGGAGUAUAGAUGGGAAGAAAGAGGAGAAUGAUGGACACCUGGCCAGGAUUAAGAUGGAAGAGGAUUCUGAAGAUAGAUCUCCUGCUGCAUUGGACGUUGCUGAGCAGUACAAUAACACCGAUGUUGGAAAAGCAGCGAUGGAAAGCCACAAGGUUGUAAUUAUCAUUAUAACUCUCGAAGACAUGUCGUGAACCUGGUGUGGGGGAAGGGGUGGACUCUCCCAUAAAAAUGACGGGAAUGCUCGCUGUCUUGCUUAGGGGUGUAAAUUGCAGAUUUUGGUCUCACUUAGGGUGUUGUUUAGGAUGGAAAGUCACUUUAGUUGCUUAUUCAGGUAUCACCUAGGGCUGUGUAUAAAGAAAUUUACAGAAAAUGCUGUGACAUUGACCGCACAGGAAUCUAGCAUCUAAAAACAACACAACAUCCCUGGCACUCAUUUAGAUCCCUAGCUCUUAUGUAAAUGUCUAUUUUAGUAUGGUCAGUUUAAGCUCGGGCCACAUUCACAGGGGUUCAAUUUUAAUUUUCUGACGAGCAUCCCUGUCAUUUUUAUAUAGGAGUCUCCUCCUCCCCGCCCCCCACCCCCACAGUGGUUUUGACACGUGUUUACCUUCUUGUCCACUCAGUGACUAAACUGAAAUUAAAGUGAUUAUUGCCAACUUUUAUUAAAGAAAUAUGAUAGACUAUUUAUUUAAGUAUUUAGCAUUGGCUGUCAUGAUAAAGUGCUCAUUUUCUCUUGUCAUUUCUCAUUUUAAGGUUGAUGUUUCGCCUGCAGACCUGCAGCAUGCAUCAUAUUGUAGGAAACUAAAUUGUCACAACAAGAAAUGUAGAGAUGUAAGUUGUGGUUACAACUAUUAACAGUUGCAAUCCAUACUUAAAAGUGUAAUAACUUUCUUUCGAUUCUCUUGCUAGUCAUUUUAUAUCAAAUUUGUUUUAAUUUUAUCUGGUAUUUCUCAUACAUUUUGUUCAACAGGUGAAAUUAGAAGUAAAUCACUUUAAAAGACAUCAAUAUGCAAGAAAAUGUACUCGGUGUGCCUACCUGUUGUCAGUCAUACAGCAUCAUGCACAGACAUGUCAGGUGCGAGGGACAUGUCGAGUUCCAGGCUGUGAAAAUACUAGGUAACUACACUAUGCACAUAGACAACCUUUUGCAUGAAAAAGCUCCCCUCAAAAAACUGUUAGCUUACAGUGAAUAAGUGGCAGUUUCUUGCAACCCUCAAAGUUAAAAUUUUUGUUCAGUGGCCAUUUGGCGAUCAGCUCUUUGGGUUUAGUCGCCAGGGGAAAUUUUUAGGCGCCAAAUUAUAUUAAUAAAUUAAUAUAUCAAAAUUGUCAUCAACAAAAGCAGUUAGCAAGUUUAACUUAAAAUGCAGCACUGUCUAUAAAUUACUCGUUUAUUGUGCAAGGCAUUAGUUACUGAUAGUCUGAGAAUAAGGUUUGCAGAUUUAUCUCCUUGAAUCAAUACUGAAACGGAAUUGUAAAGACAAUUACCAUUUCCAGUUGUCUUUGGGACCUUCAAUCCUUCUGUAUAAUCCCCAGUUGGUAUAUGAGAGCAGAACUUAACUCAUCCUCUGUUAAUGUGUUCAAAAUUUCCCAGUCGCAACUUGAUAGGCGACCUAUUUUUUUUUCUGAUAUUUGUUUCGCAUUUCUUUUGCGACUUUUGUUGAUGAUGAACUUGUUUCCCCAACUAUCAAAUAUUUUUGGAGAUUUAAAAGGUCGUUUUUAAUAUCGCUAGACAUCGCGAAAGCCUGAAAAAGGCAGGAGAGUAUAGGAAGAUCAACAAGUUUUGUAAAUCAAAUCAUUGCUUUAUAGAGAUACGUGGAAAUUUCGCAACGAGUUGUACUGGGAAAAAAUGUUUUUCCCAAUCAAUUGAAAGGAACCCAAACAAAAAUGCCGCUUACAAAAUAAAAAUUUUCUUUUUCCUUUAUCAUCGCUACAGGUGUUUAAAAAAACCAUUUUUUGCAACCAGUUUUGCGAUGUUUAGUUUCGCUUACAUUUAUCGCUUUUGUUUACAAAACCGCGAUUCAACUCGCAGCAUGGUUCACAUGUUACGGUUAUCACAUAAUGUUCUGUGUUGAAUUUGCACCAAUUUAGCUUUCCCUCUUCAUGUUAUUAGAUUGUUUCAGUAUUGAUUCAAAAAUAUUUAUAAUAUGUAGUCCAGUUAAAAAACCACCGAACUUGGCUUGACAAGCAUUCCUAAGAUAUCGAAGAAAUCGUCACUGUCGACAAGCAAGGUGCUUCGAGUGCGUGCCAUUUUUCACGUGUCAAAAGUUAAAAUGUCACGUGCAAGGCAACAGACUGAAGGCGAUUUGGCGAACGAAUGCAAGUCAAGUUUCAUUGAUGUUCAUUUUCAAAACGCUAAGCUCUGAGAUUUUUUUAAGUUUUCAAUUUAGCAUGUUUUUCAGUGGAAAAGUAAAAAAGUAAUAGAAUUCAAAUCAGCUGGAAUAAAUGUUCUUCAUAUUUCAGUAGAAGUGAUUGCCAUUUCUGUUUCUAUACGCCAACACGAACCUAUUCUGCACGGUCGCCAGCUUGGCGACUAUUCUCGAAAUCAAGUGGCCAGUUCCAAAAUUUUAGGUGCCAUGGUGACUAAAAUGGUCGCAACUUGGAGGGUUUUCUUGGUGUCAUGGAUGAGUGCAAUGAAUCAUUGUGGAAGACCAUUAUCUGUUGAUGAAAAGUUGACCAAAAUUAAGGUUACAGAUAUUUAUUUGGGAUCAAGCAGUUCUACACAAUAUUAUAUUACUUUGUCAUCAUCUAUUCCAUGGAAUAGCCUAUUUUUACCUAUUUUUAAUAUAUGAUUAAGUGUUAUGUCCACCUUUUUAUAAUAUAUUAUGUUCUUAAAAGGAAUCGUGGAAACAUUGGGUAUCCUGUUCCUAGGCGUACAGUUCAACAGAAAGUUCCUGCACUACUAACGUGUACCUUGGGUAGAGAAAACAAUUUACUCACACCAGGGAAACGCAAAAGCCAACACCAGAAAUCGACCAGUGCAGAUAAUGGCUUUUCAAGCAAAAAUCCAUAUUGUGGCACAGUUCUAUUUUGGGUAAUUUAUUAUAAUAUACAAAUGACUUAA